CCUUGGGUACGCAAGUCGGCCGCCUCUCUCUCUCCCUCUCCUGAUCUCUAAGCGAACGAAGCAAACCUCCCUCUUCUCAUAUCUUUGAAACCCUAAUCCUAGAAUCGGCGGCCUCUCUCUUUCCUAGAAACUAAAAACCCAAUCGAUCCAACCUGCUUCUUCCUUGUUUCUCUACUCUUCUACUUCUUACCAUGGUCCAGGAAACCGGAUCGUACCGACCGGUUGAACUAGAAACCGGACUAGUGACGAAACGGUACGUCAAGUGCAGGGGGAAGAGCCUGUCGGCCGGCAUUGGCAGUCGUACCAGCCUACCGCGAGAUCUCGGGCGGUUUCAACAAAACCGGCGAUUCCUUCAGUUCUUGUGAAGCGACGCCAUUUUGGUUAUGUCUGGAUUUCCAAAAUGAGAAACGGACAAAGAAGCAUCACAAACUACAAAAACCUAGGGCGAUUGUGUUGCGCAGAUCAGAGUCUCGCGCCGCAGUCGCCGCUAUCGUUUCUCCAAUUCUCCCAACGACUAACGAGGAUUACUCCGGCCAUCAUUCGCGCUUCCUGGCCGCCGUUCGCAUCCCCCGCCGCCGUUCGCGUCUCCCAGUCGACCCCGAGAUCCAACCGACGUUCGUGUUCCCUGGAAAUCGUGCGGUUCCCCGCAGUCGUUCGCCUCUCCCAGCCGAGCCUCUGCAAUCUAUGGAUAGCUUGUCGCAACGAUCAGUGACCGACGCAGAUUCGCCUUCCUAGAAACCACACUAUUCAAACUUCAAAUUAGGUACAUCUGCAGAAUCGUGAAUCGAUUGUUGUUUACUAGUUUAAGUUGGGGUAUGAAUCUGAUUAACCAUCAAUUAUUUAUUGCAUAUGGAAGAUUGUAGAUGGGGAGGAAGAACGGAAAAUGGUAGAUGGGGAAAGGGUCAAGUGCACGCGUAGUAAUCUAUUAAAUGAUGGAAAGUUUUUUAUAAAAAUAAUUAUUGUUUAAAAUUUCUUCUUUUUCUAUUAAUUUGCUAACUAGUUGUAUUUAUUCAUUUAUUAUCCGGUAUAUUCCAAUACAUCCGGUAUUACUCCGAGACGAUACCCUGAUUUUGGCGGCACAGUUUUUUGACAAAAAAAUAUAUUUUAUUAUUACAAAAACGGUAUUUACCGGUACGAAACGGUUGAACCACGAUCGUACCACAAAUACCAUACCAGAAAGGAAUCCGAUAUGAUGCCCGGUAUGGUUUCCUUUACCAUGCUUCUUACCCUUCUCUGGUUUUCUUUGUGAAAAACGAACAAGGACCCGAAAGUGCGAUGAUGACUCUCCAGACAGCCCUCAAGUCGACGGUAGAUCAAGAUUUGAGGCUUGCAUGUUAGUUUUUUGGUUUAUAUGGAUUUUAGAGGGUUCUGAUCUGCCUCUCGGUUUUCAGUCUAAAGGGAGCGGCCGUCGACAGUAUCGGGUUCCGCUGGCGACGAGGACGACGAUGAUUAGGGAGAAUUAUUUUUUGGGGUAAGAUUUCAGGUUUUUCUUUUGAUUUGGUUUAUUUCUGGAUCUCAAUGCUUAUAUAUAUAUAUAUAGGUGGCUACUUCGGUGCACUCACUUUUUGAGCUUUUUGAGUGCACCCAAUUCUAAAAGCGUCCAUAAUACAUCAAAUUUUGAACUUUGAUUAGUACUCUCAAUAUAAUAUAAUGAUAUGACAUAGAAUCAUAACAAAUCAAUCCAUUACCCUAACCCCUUAACAUUCAAUUUUGAAUCCCAACCCAAAAUCCCAAAUUGUAAACCUAAACCCUAACCCUAAAUCCCUAAAUCCUAAAUCCUCCGAAUUAAAGUAAAUUUUGAAU